AUGUUCAAGAAAUUCACGAAAGACGACGUUCACACGAAGAGUAACGUAAAAUCUUCGGUUCAGAGAGGUUUGAAGGUCAAGCUGGUUGCGCAGUUCCCCAAACUCGAGCCAGUGAUUGAUGAGUUAAUACCGAAAAAGUCGUCGUUGGUACUGUUCAAGUGCGAGGACAAAAUCCAACUAUAUUUGAUAGACAACGAAGUGGUGUUUUUCCAGCAGUUUGAUGAGUUAAUUCCGUCGCUUAAAGUUGUUCAUAAGUACCCCAGUUGCUUCCCCCAUGUGCAGGUUGACAGAGGUGCCAUCAAGUUUGUGCUUUCAGGAGCAAACAUCAUGUGUCCGGGUCUUACAUCUGCCGGUGGCUGGUUGCCGGAGGAAACUAUUCCUGAGGGAAGCAUUGUCAUAGUAAAAGCGGAAGGAAAAGAGACUGCAUUGGCAGUUGGCAAACUGUUGAUGAGUUCUGAUGAGAUCAAAGCCCAGAAUAAGGGAAUGGGUAUUGAGUUACAGCACUAUCUGGGUGAUGGGUUGUGGAAGUUUUCUCCGGAAUAA